GCCCGAUAGCCUGUUCCUCGCCGGCCACUUGUUGUCGGUGCAACCACAGCAGCAACUGCCAGCCAUCGUCAUAUCACCGCCCCUCCUGGCUUUCUCGGCUCUGCAUUCCCCCUUCUCGCCUCUCUGGCCCCUUUCAGUCAUGGAUACUGAGAGCAACCAUGCUCCAGACAGCGACUUCCCGCCGUCUCCCUGGGUGGAUAUGGGCGGGUUCAGCCCAUCAGAACAGUCCCCCACGAUGGAAUAUCAGGGGUUCGGGUACGGCGUCGUCGCGAUAGACCCGACGUACGGCGUGACUAUACCACCACCUUAUGCAACGAUGCCAAUAGCGAUGCCUUCGCCCGCAUGGCCCAGCAUGCUCUCCCACCACCAGAGCCCGUUUCCGGAGCCAAGCGUGCCCGCCGUGCCUUUGGCGCCCCCUCCUGCCAACAUCGCACCGGUUACACCCAUUGCACCACCACCACCGCCCCCUCGCAAGUCGUCGACCAGCAACUCAACCCCACGGAGAACGCUCACGGAUGACGACCGUCGACGAAUGUGCCUCUACCAUGAGGAGAACAAGACCGCCAAGCAGACCGAUAUUGGAGCGUUGUUUGGAGUUGAAAGAAGCACUGUCUCGAAGGUCCUGCGUCAGAAGGAGAAAUAUCUCAACCCUGAAGACGGAAGCCGGUCUCCCAUCAAGCGGUCCAAAGGAAGGGUCCCCGAUAUCGAAAAGGCCCUGUCCAACUGGGCAAAGAAUUACCAACGCCAAGGCUACCCGCUGAACGACGAAAUGAUCCGGGAGAAGGCCCUCUUCUUUGCUAGCACCUGUGGUGGCUCGGACGGCAAGGAAAAAGUACUGACGAAUAGCUGGCUGGAGAAGUUCAAACGCAAGUACAAUCUGAUGGGCGCAAAAAGCCGGAAAGGCUCGUUCAGCGCCAAGAGCGAAUGUGGAAGUCCAACCUGUCUGAGCAUCAACUCAGCAUUGGCAUCUGCGGUCCAGUCUCCCACCCUACUUUCGCCGACCUCCCCGACUGGCUUUUUGACGCCCUUGCCCUUAUCUCCCGUCCAGAGCAAUGAGAACAUCCGAGGGGAGCUCGCUCAGAGCCUUGCUGAAAUUGCAAGCGGCUACCAACAUGCACACACCAAAAGUACGACCUCGCUCGACACUUCGUCGUCUUUAUCUGCUGGGGUCACUAGUCCGACGUCAACCUUGGUGACAGAUAGCCCCUUCACCCCGACAAGCCAGUCUCUUCACUCGGUGGACGGGAGCCUCACCAGACCCCGCAGCCAAACAUUUCCGCUGAGCUCAUCCGACCCAAGCCUGAUGGCUACCGAUGAACAGCCCGAAGAUAUGCCAAAAGAGUCGCUACGGCUGUCCUCAGUAGACUCAGGACACGGGCAUUCUCUAGAGGAACAGCGUGAUCGGAAGAUCCUCCCCGUGCUGGAUACGUCCGCUGCCACAAUCAAGCGCAACCGCAGCGACCCCGAUUUCAGAGUCAAAUCGUAUCCUCCGCCGUUCUCGACAUCCAACACUGCGUCGCCUAUCAGUUCCCCGGGGUCGCCAACUCAGGAUGAAGCCAGAAAAGCGCUGGAGCUGGUGAUGAGCUAUUUCCAACAGCAGCCAGCGGGUCUGGGAGCAGAUGACUACUCUACCAUCGGGAAGUUGAUGGAAAGGCUCGAGCUCGCCAAGGCACAGCAGUCACUUCCAGGGGGUCUCUCCCGUAUCGACGAGCACGAUGACUCGCCUCACCUGAACAAGAAAAGAAGCAUCCACAGUCUUGGCUAGAGGCCAUGGGAUGCGAUUAUGGCAUUAAUAAAAACGACAGCGACUUGGGGGUAGUAACAGACAUACACAGUCCUGGCAAUUCCAUUACCUGGACAUGGUGUUUCCUUUUACCUAAUUCCUUUUUUUUUUCUUUUGGGGUUUUCCGUCUUCAUAUUUCGUUUCAUUAUACCACGUAUGAUUCUGUUCAUUAUCAACCAAGGGGGUGGCUAUCUGCUUUUAACAUUGCAUCAUCUACGUGUCAUACCCGACACGUUUCUUUUAUUACUAUGUACCAUGGGCCUUGAGAUACCACUGUUGGGGAUAUCCGAACACAAAAAAAUCAUAUGAUACACUGCACGAGGGCAACCUCAGAUAUACGUGUCUGUCUUACGGGAAUGUACUUAG